AUGAAUCCCGCUCCCAACGCCUUCUACGGGGCCGGGCCGCCCAUGAUGAACCCUCCACCUCCGCGUCUCUUCGGCAGCGGCAGCUACGACGCUUCGCAGAUGCCACCAGGCAACAUGUUUGCCCACGACGACAUGCACGACGACAACGAUGGAAGCGAUCCCAAGAGGCGGCGCAUUGCACGGGCUUGCGACAUGUGCCGGAAGAAGAAGAUCAAAUGCGACGGCAAGAUGCCCUCGUGCACACACUGCCAGAACUACAAGACGGAAUGUAUCUUCACACAGGUCGAGAAGAAAAGGCAGCCACCAAAGGGCGCCAAGUACAUCGAGGGUCUCGAGAACCGACUUGCGCGAAUGGAGUCUCUGAUGCGCCUCUCUGGCGUCCUACCCGAAGACGACGAUGGCAGCACCGAUCUGGCCACACUAGAGAGACGACUCGAAGCAAGAGCCGGACGAUCGGCUACGCCCAGGGCUAGCAUCGGCGAACGACGAGAAUCAAUGGCACCUCCAACAGGCCAAUCGACGGCCACCGGCACACCGGCACAACCAGCUCUCCCCAGUCCAAGGAGUGGCACCGCUUCGCCAGAGCCAGAGGAACAGACGGAAAAUCCCAAAGACAAGGAGGAGGACGCGCUUGCCGAGAUGAUGUGUUCUUUGGUGACGAACAACUGCGGAGAGACGAGAUAUAUCGGCUCAUCGUCUGGUUUCUCCAUCUUCUCGCCCAAAGGUAUACAGUGGGUGAACGAGAAGACCGGAGACAACUCUUUCCGCGACAUGAUCUCCACGGCUGCCGUCGAGGACAACAAGUGGAUCCAGUGGCGGCCCGACGUAUUCCAGGACAUCUUCAAGCGCCGAGUUUACAAACAAUUACCACCCAAACAUGAGGCACUCUCGCUACUCAAGGACUACUUUGAAAACUUCAACUGCAUGUUUCCCCUGUUCCACGAACCGACUUUCAUGCAUCUCGUAGACAAGCACUACUCAAAAGACCCAUACGAAGGAUCCGGCUGGUGGGCCAGCUUAAACGUCGCCCUGGCCUUCGCACAUCGAUUGCGUGUCAUGAGCAAUCUCGUGCCAGCAGAAGAAGAUGAAAAGGCGUGGCAAUAUCUCAAGAAUGCAAUGAGUGUCAUGGUAGAGCUGACCAUGCGCAACACUGAUCUGCUUAGUGUCCAGGCUCUGCUGGGAAUAGGUCUUUUCCUUCUAGGAACACCAAACCCACAGCCUACCUACUUCUUCGUUGCCACAGCCAUGCGACUUGCACACAGCAUUGGUCUCCACAAGAAGGGUGCCAACUUUAGUCUCAACUCCGCCGAGGUUGAGCAACGAAGACGUGUCUUUUGGAUCGCUUACAUGCUGGACAAAGAUAUCUGUUUGCGGUCUGGCAGGCCACCUGUACAAGACGACGACGAUAUGAACGUCGAGCUACCUAGCGACACUCCACCGGACAAUAUCGGCAACAUUCCCCUCUCGGAUGGAAAGGGCACUAUGAACCUCUUCCGGCUCAUGUGCACCUUCUCUGUGAUCCAAAGCAAAGUCUACAAGGGCCUCUACUCCGUAAAGGCAUCUAAACAGACAGACGGCGAACUGCUCAACACCAUCGGCGAGCUCGAUAAAGAAUUAGAAGCAUGGAAGGACGAUAUACCACUAGAGUUCAGGCCAGAGCACGACAUCAAAGCAUCGCAUACCCCACUCAUCCUCCAAGUCGCAGUACUGCAUCUCGGCUACUACAACUGUUUAACUACCAUCCACCGCAUGAGUGUACACCACGGAUACUGGACCAGUCGAUUGUCCAACUUUGCGAUACAAGGGCUGAAUGCCCGACCACUCAACCCGAGAGUCUUCAUGUCCGCCCAACUGUGUGUUCAGGCUGCCCGAGCUUCGAUACACCUUUUGAAGUACAUACCGAAAGGUGAUUUAUCAUGUGUCUGGCUAGUAAUCUAUUUUCCCGUCACUGCUCUGGUUACGCUCUUCGCAAAUAUCCUACAAAAUCCACAGGACACACGAUCACGAUCGGAUCUCAAGCUGAUGAAGCUGGUCGUCAACUUCUUGAAUAUGCUCAACGACGACCAGGGCAGCGGUAGUGUAAAGCGCAUGUGCACAGUCUGUGCUGAGUUUGAGCGCAUCGCUACUAUUGUACUGGAAAAGGCAGAUCGCGAGCACGCAUCGCGACGGAAGAGGAAACAAGGCGACAGCGAACAGGACGCGCAAAUCGAAGCAACAGCGGCUGAGUUACUCUCGACAGGCCGGACCUCGCAUUCGUCACCCCAGCAGGCCACUACUCCUCAGAACAAUAACAGCUCAGAAGGCAUGAUAUUCAACCCAGACUUCCAGGGGUUCAACGAGCCCUUUCCCUUCUCACCAAACUUCACACACGACUCUUUACAACCAAACAUCCAAAUGAGCCAAUACGGCUCACCAGGCAUCACUGCCCAAAUGCUCCAACAAUCACAAAGCCUGCCUAUGACAACCGGUGGUGACGUCAACGGCAUCAGUUCCAACAUCAACGCCAUGGCAGGCAUGGGUCAGUUCGACCAAACCUUCAACAACGUUCCGCAAGAUCUCUGGAAGAUGCCGAUGACGCUCGAGUGGGACUGGGCAGAUAUGACUGGUGGGUUCUCGGGAUACGAGGACGGCAUCAGUAUGAAUGGUGUGUUGCCAGAUUUCUCGAAUAAUACUGGGCAUAGGACGACCCUCCUGUCCUCGCUCAUAACAGCAAAUCACAUUCUCUCCUACCACAACGUCCUUGACCCAUUUGGUCAUGUCAGUGUCCGCAAUCCAAAUACCAAUUCAACCUUCUUCAUCGCGCUGCAAAUCGGGCCAGCAACGGUCUCUUCUCCCACCGAUAUCGGCGAAUACCUCAUAUCAGACGGCACACCUGUAAACGGCACCAAGGGGGGCUAUGCGGAACGUUAUAUCCACAGCGAGAUUUUAAAGCGGUAUCCGGACGUUAAUGCUGUUGUGCACAGUCAUUCUGAAGAUGUACUACCCUACACAGUCAUUGAUACAGCUUUUGAGCCUACGUACCACAUGGCUGGUUUCCUGGGUUCUGAAGUACCGAACUUCGAUAUCGAAGAUGUGUAUCAGGUGAGCUUCUAG